AUGAGCAGCGAGAUCAACUGCAUUGCCCUGAUUGGCAAACAGAACAACCCCCUUUACAUCAAGAACUUCAGUAACACCCAUCCCGACCUGAAAUACCACUACAUUGCACACACGUCUAUUGAUGUUAUCGAAGAACGCGUUGCCAGUGGACCCAAGAACUUGGACUCAUAUCUUGGACUUUUAUACGCGAUGGAGGAUUUAGCAGUGUAUGGAUACAUUACAAAUACGCGUGUUAAGUUUAUUGUGGUGGUAUCAGUGACGGAUGGCAUCAUUCGAGAUGCCGAGAUGAAGGCGAUCUUUAAAAAGGUCCAUGCAGCGUAUCUCUCGCAAGUAUGUAAUCCAUUCUACAAUCUCGAUUCACAAAAAUCUCUCGGUGGCAAAGCAUUCGUACGCGCUAUUGAUAGCAUUGGUGCUCAUGCAAGGGUGACUCUCGAUAUCUAG